AUGGCCGACGGGACGGAUGCUCCCGUCAAGGGCAAGCGGCACCUCCCUCUCUUCCGUCGCACCUCACCAGACCGGCCCGUGGCUCAUCGGCGCCAGUCUACCGUUCAUUGGCACCGCGCCGUCCGCUCUCUGCUUUACCUAAUCGCCUGGAUCUUUGUUGUGCUGGUGGGAAUUGGCAAUGUGGCCAACAAGCCAGUCCUGCGCAGUACAUACUUCCUCUACCUCGACCUUUCCAAUAUUAUUCCUUUGUCCGUACCCAAUGCAGUCCUGAUCAAUUCCAUUGCUCGGUCAAUUGGCUUGCACGAUUUCUACCAAGUCGGGCUUUGGGGGUUCUGCGAGGGCUACAAUGAUGAGGGGAUAACCAACUGCUCGAAACCGAAGACGCUGUAUGCUUUCAACCCGGUCGACAUUAUUGUCAAUGAGCUCUUGGCCGGCGCAAGUAUUGCCCUGCCCAGCGAUAUCCAAGAGCCUCUACACCUUGCCAAAGUUGCAUCGCAUUGGAUGUUUGGCCUCUUCAUUGCUGCGGCAGUCUUAAACUUCAUCAUGAUCUUCCUCAGCCCCUUCGCUGUCUCCUCACGACCUCCACAGUCCAUCAAGUCUUGGGUCUCGGGCGGCCAGGUUACACCCUCGGGAAAACCACCCCACCGACGCCGCACCUUUGUCUUCCUACGCGCAUUCCCCUUCCUCAUUCUAUCCUUCUUCACUGCACUAGUGACUAUCGUCGCCUCAGCCGUCGCAACGGUCAUGUUCAUCAUUUUUGCCAACGUCUUCGCCAAUGCCGAUCCCAAUUUAAACAUCAAGGCGCACGUCGGCGUGCAGAUGCUAGUGUUUAUGUGGAUUGCUUCGGGAUUCAGCCUGUUCGCAUUCAUCAUCCAGCUCGGCUCCUGCUGUGCAGCUUGUUGUGGUGGUCGCAAGGCCCGUAAGCAACUCAAGGCUCAGGGGAUCGAUCUGCGCGAGAAGAGCUCCGUGCAACCCAGUUCCCCUGAUACUCCAGUGGAUCCCCAGGCGCCCCACGCAAUUACUAGCGAUUAA